AUGGUUGAGUUCUUGAAGAAGUCUGGUUAUGUCAGGAACCAGAAGACUGCAGAAGAUCUCGUGGACAGACUCUUUGGUCCUGCAUCAGGUUUCCCUGUUUUCGAGAGGUUCGGCAAUACUCUCCUCGACUACGGUGAUGCUACUUUCGGUCCAAGAUGA